GUGAUGUGGAAGAAAGCUGAGCGCAUGUCCUCCAAACGUGUUUAAAAGUCGAAAGAAAGAUAGCUUUGUGCAGAUAGCCCGAUAGAUUCACGCCACAAAAGCAAAAGAAGUUACUGAAUUCACAAUCCCUUAUUUGACUGAGAGAUUUGAAGUUGUCGUCGUAGACUUAGAUCACAGGAUGCGGGGUAACAAGCAGGCUAUGAGGCAAUCGGUUGUGUUAUUGAUUUGCAUGCUGUGUUUGGUUCUGGAGGUGAAGGUUGGUGCCGAUUACAUCCCGCCGGCGAGAUUGGAUGGCUUCGUUUAUAGGAAUCAGCAUCACCCCGAUUCCGUUUUGAUCGAAGCGUUUUUCGACCCAGUAUGCCCUGACAGCAGGGACUCAUGGCCAGCGCUCAAACAAGUUAUCACUCACUAUGGCUCUCGCGUUUCUCUCGUCGUUCAUCUGCUUCCUCUACCUUACCAUGACAAUGCUUUUGUUGCAUCUCGUGCUUUGCACAUUGUAAAUGCAUUGAAUAAAUCUGCAACAUUCCCGAUGCUGGAGUGGUUCUUCAAGCAUCAGGGGAAAUUCUAUAAUGCUCAAACCAAGAAUCUUUCAAGGGCUUCCAUUGAGAAGGAGAUGGUGAAGUCUGUGACAGAAGUAAUUGGGAGAUCUUAUUAUAGUUCAAUCAAGAGUGGCUUCAAUGACCGGAAAACUGAUCUUCACACCAGGGUGUCGUUUAAGUAUGCUGCUUCAAGGGGGGUGUCUGAAACGCCAUUUUUCUAUGUGAAUGGAUUCUUGUUGCCUGGUACAGGAUCUGCUCUUGACUAUAAGGGUUGGAGGAAGGUCAUUGACCCACUGGUUGGUUCAAACAGUGGAAAAAAUGCAGAAUCCUUCAAUUGGUUCUUGUGAAGGUUGCAACUUGAUGAGAUGUUGUUCUGUGUUUUCUUGCAUAUUGCUAAGUUAAGAUGAUGACAGUUAAUGUGUGUGUUGCUGGGUUCCAGUAAAGCCAAUGAAUAAAAAUAAUCAUGGGAAUAUGUUUGUGCUUAUUUUGGUCAGGAAAUAUAUAUGGGGUUUGGAUAUCGGGGAAAAUAA